AUGGCGCCGACCCCUUGCGCACUUUGUACCGACUCUCGUGCUGUGAUCAUCCGCCCCAAAAACCAUCAGAAGCUUUGUAGAGCAUGUUUCAUAUCACUAUUCGAACGAGAGAUUCAUGAAACGAUCACCUCCUCUGCGCUUUUUCAACCAGGGGAACGUAUAGCUAUAGGAGCGUCAGGCGGCAAAGACUCAACGGUUCUGGCUUCUGUCUUGAAAACUCUUAACGACCGAUACAACUAUGGUCUUAAGCUUCUUUUGCUAUCGGUAGACGAGGGUAUCAAAGGUUAUCGUGAUGACAGCCUUGAGACAGUCAAGAGAAAUGCAGUACAAUAUGACAUGCCUUUAGAGAUAGUCGGUUAUGACGAGCUCUACGGCUGGACGAUGGAUCAAGUGGUCGCUCAGGUAGGCAAGAAAGGCAAUUGUACGUACUGCGGAGUUUUCAGACGGCAGGCACUUGAUCGAGGUGCUGCGAAAUUGGGCAUCAAGCAUGUGGUGACUGGACACAAUGCGGAUGAUGUCGCUGAGACUGUCAUGAUGAACCUUCUGCGUGGGGAUCUACCCCGUCUGGCCAGAGCGACUUCGAUCUUGACUGCAAGUCCUGCUAGCGAUAUCAAAAGAAGCAAGCCAUUGAAGUAUGCAUAUGAGAAAGAGAUCGUUCUUUAUGCACAUCACAAACAACUCGAUUACUUUAGUACGGAGUGUAUCUAUAGCCCUGAGGCAUUUAGAGGAAGCGCAAGAACCCUGAUCAAGGACCUCGAAAAAAUACGACCAAGCAGUAUUCUCGACAUCGUCCGUAGUGGUGAAGACAUGGCAAGACUUGUUCCACCUGAGCUUCUUAGCUCAAGUUCUUGCGAUGGCGGAAUAGACGGAGAGGAAGGGGCCACAAGUGGUUGUGGCAGUACCAAGGGACGAUCUGGCCAUGGAGAAAUGGUAGAUAUGGAAAAGCGCCUUGCUGAGAACGAAGCAGCAUCCACUCAGGAGACAGAAGUGACACUGUCCUCAGCGAACGAUCGGCCUCGGGACGCGGUUCAGGCAAAGCCGAAACCGAAGCCGUUCUCGAUCCAUGACAAGAGGCAGAAAGGCAGGCGGAAAGCCGCUGCACAACAAAUGGGCAAAUGUGAGCGUUGUGGCUACCUUUCCAGCCAAACGAUCUGCAAGGCUUGUCUGCUUCUGGAAGGCCUAAACAGGAAUCGACCAAAGACCACGAUCGAAAUUGGAGUAGAAGAUGAAGAUUCCAGCACGACUUUGAUGAGGCAGGUGGCUUCUCUGGAGAUCCCGUCUGCUUGGACAGGGUCUAUCGAAGAACAAAGUUAA